AUGUGGGGAAAAAGCAGCUACCAGACAUGGACUGUAGUACGAGGAACAGCUGUCUGCAAUGCUGCUGCUUUAUCUAGAGUGCCACUGAGCAAGAACACAGGUACGGUUACCUUUGAAAUGCGGGAAGAGACUGGCGCAAGUUGGAAAUCCUGUGAAUCAGUUACAGACCACCUGAAGACUGAAGAAGUGAACAGUGUGAAGAUGGCUGCUCCCUUGAAAUUACGGGAACCUUCCAGCUCCUCACUUAGUCAGCCGCAGCCUGAUUUUGAACAGCCUUCCCAGGAGGAGCCAGGAGAAAGCAAGCAACCAGAACUCAAAUACAAGCUGCUCUCUGUUGCUAAAGAAGACCACCAGUUCCUUCAAGAGACAGUGGUUGAUCGACUUGAGGAAGAAACAGAGAAUCGUGAGCAGGAAGGUCUUGGACAUAAAGAAGUGAACAAGGUGUCAUCAGGAGGUCAAAGAGAAAGCAUCUUCCAAAAUGGUGACCUAGCUUGUCAGAAGGGUGAAAUGUCUCAAAAUAUCAAUUUAAAAACACCCUUUGAGGACAAACAGUCAGAGGUCUCCAGGAAGAGAUGCUGUAAUGUGAGAGACUCCCAAGACACUGUAGUCUCGGAGAGAGCUUCACCAGGACAGAGUCCUUAUCAGUGCACUGUGUGCGGGAAGAGUUUCAGCCGCAGCUCAAACCUUCUCCAGCACCAGCGCGUCCAUGCGACAAAGAAACCUUUCAAGUGCAUAGAGUGCGGAAAAAGUUUCAGCCGCAAUUCAGCUCUGACGCAGCACCGUGAGGUGCACCGCGGGGAGCGCACGUUUCUGUGUACAGACUGUGGUGACCAUUUUACACGUAGCUCCAGUCUCACUCUCCAUCAGAAAACUCACCUAGGGGAGAAACCUCACGUGUGCAGUCAAUGUGGGAAGCGCUUCCGCAGUGUUCCUGAGCUGACAUCUCACCAGGAGUUACACACAUGA